ACAAAGUUGUGUAUCUCCCACUUUUAUACAAGUGGCAGAAGGCAUUCCAAGCAGUCCAAAACUUUGAAAGUUUAGGGAUCCUUGAAAAAGAGCAUAGUUUCGUAAAAGAUAUGAUUAGCUCCAUUGAACUAAGGCAGCAACAGAUUAUGGCUGUACGAGUUAAUCGUGCUUUGCUUAGUGAAAUAAUCAGCUUGCAGGAUAGUACUGGCUCGUUAGAGAAUCUGGAGUUGCACGUUUCUUCUGAUGCCGAGGACGAUGGCCUCGAGAGUGAUUUCUUGGACAGCGAAGAUGAAUACACAAGCGUUUCUUUUAUGGGGCCCCUCUUAGAAAAUGGUUUUUUGGGUCAGCAAGAAGGUUAUGUGACUGAGAAUCUACCACUGGCCGCCGAUAGAAGUAGCAAUCAAGCAAAUCUAAAAGAUGCGCAUUUGCAAGGACAAACGCGUAAAAAAGCAUAUCAUGCAAUUGUCAGUAAAAAGAGGAGACAUAUAUAAAGAUAAGUUGAGGAGAUCUCCUUUAACUUGAACGGAAGGCAAAGUAAAGUAGACAUUCAAUAACGUUUCUUAGUUCAAAAGUUUAA